AUGCACGAGGUUCCCCUGCUGGUAGCGCAAGAACACAUACACCUUGAAGCUUCCCCAGGUUCUGGAAAUACUCGAACUGUAGGUGUGCUGGAACACUUGCCCGGUUUAAGCAAGUCACCUCAAUAUGCCGAAAAAACCGGAGCGUACGGCUCUUUCACCGGUACAAGUCUACCAUCCGGCUUUUCAAUUAGCAGCACAGGAGCACCUAUAGGAGUGGGUUCCGAUGUAUUUCGCUCUUCCGAACACUUAGGACGUUUUGCCGGAUCGCCAAUUGUUGAGGCUGGCGGUAACCCUGAACAACCUUUAGGCUCACGCGAUUCACGUGAACAUGCAGGAGGUUCCCCUACUGGUAGCGGAAAAACACAGUUUGAAAAUAGCGGUCAGUACGGACCUCACGUCCUCGAAGCACAACCAUCUCGUUUUACCAUUGGCACCUCAGAAUCCCCUGUAGCUUCACUUGCUUCAGUACACCUUGAUGCUUACCCUAGUUCUGGAAACACUCGACCUGUAGGCGCGCUGGUAAACGGGCCCGGUUUAAGCAAGUCACCUCAAUCUGCCGAAAAAAUCGGAGCGUAUGGCUCCUUCGCUGACACAAGUUUACCGUCCGGCUUUUCAAUUAGCAGCACAGGAGCACCUAUAGGAGUGGGUUCCGAUGUAUUUCGCUCUUCUGAACACUUAGGACGUUUGGCCGGAUCUCCAAUUGUUGAAGCUGGCGGUAACCCUGGGCAACCUUUAGGCUCACGCGAUUCACGUGAACAUGCAGGAGGUUCCCCUGCUGGUAGCGCAAAAGCACAGUUUGAAAAUAGCGGUCAGUACGGACCUCACGUCCUCGAAGCACAACCAUCUCGUUUUACCAUUGGCACCUCAGAAUCCCCUGUAGCUUCACUUGCUUCAGUACACCUUGAUGCUUCCCCUAGUUCUGGAAACACUCGACCUGUAGGCGCGCUGGCAAACGGGCCCGGUUUAAGCGAAGCCACCUCCAUCUGCUGAAAAGACCGGAGCGUACGGCUCUUUCGCCGGUACAAGUCUACCAUCUGGCUUUUCAAUUAGCAGCACGGGUGCACCUAUAGGAGCUGGUUCAGAUGUAUUCCGCUCUUCUGAACGCUUGGGAGGUUUUGCUGGAUCUGGAAUUGUUCGAGCUGACGGUACUCUUAGGCAACCUUUACGCUCACGCGAUUCACGUGAAAUUGUGGGAGGUUCCCCUGCUAGUACCACAAGCAAACAGCUUGAAAAUAGCCUUCAGUUUAGACCUCACGUGCUUGAAAGACAACCGUCUAGCUCUACUGUGGGCACCGCGGACUCACCUGCAGCCUUUGAAGCCUCGCUUCCUCCUGUGCACAUUGAAACUUCUCCUAGUUCCGGAAACGCUGGGGCUUUAGGCACGCUGACAGACGUGCCCGGCUUAAGCGAGCCACCUCAAUCAGCUGCAGGGACCGGAGCUUACGGCUCCUUCUCGCCUACAAAUCUACCACCAGGCUUUUCAAUUGGCACCACAGGAGCACCUAUAAAAGGACGUUUCGAUAUAUUCCGCUCUACCGAACUCACAAGAGGUUCUGGUGUAUCAGGAAUUACUGCAACUGGUGGGGCUCUGGGGCAACGUUUCCGCUCAGGUGAAGCACGUGAGCAUUCAGAAGGUUUCCCUGCUAGUAAUGUGAGAAGACAGCCUCAAAAUACCGGCCAGUACGAAUCUCAGGUACCUGGAAGACCACCAUAUUAUUUUACCGUUGGCACCUCACAACCACCUGCCUGCCUCUAAGGUCUCUCAUUCUUCUGUAGGUCUCGAAGGUUCCCCUAACUCAGAAAACGAUGCGAGUGUAGGACCGCUUGCAAAGCUGGACGGCUUACGCGAGGAAUCUCAAUCCACCAAAACUUUCCUUGGCAGCUCGAUAAGGCAUUCAGCUACGAAAGGCGGGUACAACAUUUUGUCUGGUAUGUAGGACUUGGCAACCUCGGCACCACGGGAUCACCCAAUUAUACGCGAGACAGAAUCGUCAACCCUCCCGGACACAUGGGAGAGUUUGCCGGCCCCGGAUUCACCGAAGCCGCAGGCACUCUGAAAUUGCAGCCCGCCUUGGCCGGAACAGCCCAAUCUGAAGCAGGCUUCCCUACUACUAGCAGGAGCAAGCAGCUUCAACCAGUACAGUCUGGAAAUAGUGCUACUUAUGGCUCACGUUAUCCCGAAAUUCCAAGCUCUCAGAUUACCAUUGGCCCACCAAUGUCACCUAAUAUAGUGGACUCCAAAGAUUCAGAUCUCUCUAAACAUAGAGCCGGUUCUGGUGGUUCACUAAUCAAUAGAAUUCGAGGCGCCAUCGAACGGCCUACUAAUCUUGGCGAUGAAACUAGAUCUGAAGGAGGUUUCAGUGUUGACAGCAGGAAAAUACAGCCUGAACUUAAUGCUGCUUACAGGUAUGUUCCAAUAGCUUCUACACGUAGUUCUGAGAUAGAGAAAGCAGAAUUACCCAGUGGAACAACAACCCGCUUCUACAGACCUAGAACACGCCUAGGAGAAUUUACGAGUUCUGAAAUUGACAGCCGACCCCUUCGUUGGCUCAGUGUCCAAAGAGGAGUACCAGCAUUCGAAGGUGUUACUGCUGGUAGCUGGAAAAAACUGUCAGGAGAAAGCAGUGGCCACGAAGCCAUCGCCCCCAUAAGUCCAACCAAUGGCUUUAGCAAUGGUUACGCAGGCUCCAUCACUGAAAAUGGUGGCAUAAUCUCCAAACCAGCCAUGCGCUGUAGUUGAUACCAGUGGUUCUCAAAUUAUCGGAGCCAGGAGAAUCUUUGGGCAGCAGGUCGGGUUUGGAGCGGCACAUAAACCCGAAGGAGGUGUACCUACCAGUGGAGGGAGAGGGACCUCUGGAAAUACUGGUGGGGAUAGCUUCCUUUUUCCUGAAAUGGGUUCAUCGGCCUUUACCACUGGUAUUAGAGGAUCCGUUAAUGAAGCAGGCUCCAGGAUUGCGGAUGCCACCAGACACUUUAUAGAUUCCGCCAAUUCUGGAAUAAACACAGUUGGAGGCAACCUGAGACGGCCAGUCCGUGUCAGUCAAUGGACCUGAGUUCGAAGGAGGAUCCCUCGGUGUUCCUAGGGGACAACCUGGAAGUACUAGUGGAUACGCUUUCAUACCUCACGAUAGACCAUAUGACACUAAUAUGGACAGCGCAAGAUCUUCCAACGAAGUGGGCUCCAGAAUAUCUGAUGCUUCGGAUACAUUAGGUGCUAACACUGGUUCUGGAAUAACUCAAGCUGGAGGCACAUUCGGCUGGAAAGAUGGCUUGGGCCAACUUCCUGCAUCCGCAAGAGGCUUCACUGGACGUAGCACGAGAGGGACACUUCAAAGUACCGGUGGAUACAGUUCAUCUGAUUUUAGAAAUGAACCGCUGCCCUUUACUGAUGCCACCAAAGGAUCACCCAAUCUAGAGGGUUCCAGAAAUGCCAUUCACGACGGACGCUCACGAGGUUUGAGCUCAGGCUUCCCUGGCUUGUAUGAUUUCUACAGGAGACCUAGGGUGCAUUCCUACCGUGGGGAAAAUCGAGGUAGCCACUUCGCCAACGUCGACAGUUUCGUUGGCGGUCGUGACGACGGUGUCAUAAAUAACAGCGACCCUGGUUUCCUUGUCUCCAGCAAACUUGGCCGUAGACCACAGACAGGCUACCGCAUCAAUUAUGAAUUCCCUCGUUACGACGGCUCCCUUGAAGGUCACAAUGAAGACACGAGCCGCAGCAGCGCUACUGGUUACUUUGGCAACAAUGGUAACAGCGGCCGCCAACGUUACAUGCCGGUUUUCUCACCUGGCUCAACUAGUGACCAUGACUCGUACGUAUCCAGCCGAGAAGCCACCGCCCGGAAUAGAAGCCCAUUUCCUGUUUCCACUAGUAAGCUGUGAUUGAGCGUAAGCACACCUGGACAUCAUAAGCAGGUCAAAGUAAGAAGGCAUGGCAUCAUGGUGGCGUCAGCCAAUUUUCUUCGGUCCAGGCCACUGGAACAACAGCUACGUAAACUACAUGAGUGGCAGUAUUACCUUGCUUUUGCAAGUGCUGAGCUCCCAAAAUAUAACUGCGUUUGGUUAAAAGCCGUAAAAAACGUUCCUGUUUAAAACAUUCUAUCCUAUUUUCCCACCUGCACGUACUGCCCAGUAACAAACGACGACUUUCAUGCUUUGUAUGACCAAAAUAAAA